AUGGCGGAGCAGCAGGAGCUGGGUCCCAGUGAACAGGAUGUGUUUUCUCAAGGCCGUGGUGUCUUGUUGGACUCUAGCAUGGUUCUGUCGGAGGGCAAUGCUGAGAGGAUUGUGAGAACUCUGUGUAAAGUGCGCGGGGCUGCUCUGAAACUGGGUCAGAUGCUCAGUAUUCAAGAUGAAGCUUUCAUUAAUCCAGCCUUACAGAAGAUAUUCGAACGGGUACGACAUGGGGCAGAUUUUAUGCCCAGCAGGCAGAUGCUGAAAACACUGAAGAGUGAGCUGGGCUCGGACUGGCGAGCUAGGCUGGAGUACUUUGAGGAACAGCCGUUUGCCGCUGCCUCCAUUGGGCAGGUUCACCUCGGGAGGCUGAAGGAUGGUCGGGAGGUGGCCAUGAAGAUCCAGUAUCCUGGAGUCGUCCAGAGCAUUGAUAGUGAUCUCCGAAACCUGACUGCCCUUCUCAACAUGAGCAACGCACUCCCCGCAGGACUGUUCCCGGAACAUGCCAUCGAGGUGAUCAGCCGGGAGUUAGCGCUCGAGUGUGACUACCAAAGGGAGGCUGCCUGCACCAUCAGGUUCAAGGAGCUUCUGGUGGAUGAGCCCUACUUUAAUGUUCCAUCUGUCAUCAAGGAGCUCAGCAGCAAGAGGGUCCUGACCACUGAGCUGGUCCCUGGCUUCCCCCUCGAUAAGGCCGAGGCGCUGGACCAAGAGACCAGGAACGAGAUCUGUGCCAACAUCCUGAGGCUAUGUCUGCGAGAGCUGUUUGAAUUCCAAUACAUGCAGACUGAUCCCAAUUGGUCCAACUUCUUUUUUGACCCAGUCAGUCGCAAGGUAUCCCUGCUGGACUUUGGAGCAACUCGGGAGUUUGAUAAAACGUUUACAGACAAAUAUAUUGAGGUUAUCCGUUCUGCAGCGGACCGGGACCGUGAGGCUGUCCUGAACAAAUCCAUCCAGCUGAAAUUCCUGACCGGAUUCGAAACCAAGGUCAUGAAGGAAGCCCACAUUGAGGCGGUGAUGAUCCUGGGUGAGGCCUUCUCCUCGUCUGAGCCCUUCGACUUCGGUUCCCAGACCACCACGUGGCGCAUCCAUGACAUCCUUCCCAUCAUGCUCCACCACCGCCUCACCCCGCCCCCUGAGGAGACGUACUCGCUUCACCGCAAGAUGGCGGGCACCUUCCUGAUCUGCUCGAAGCUGAGGGCGUGCCUUCCCUGCCAACCCAUGUUCGAGGAAGCCUACAACCAGUACUGGAGGAGGUCCCGUGGACAGCGGGAGGCUGGGGGUUAGUCGGGAAUCAACCAGAGAGAGCCCCCAAGCCCCCCCGCUCCGCUCUCUCCCAAUUCCCGUGACUCUCUAUGCAACCCCCCCUAUCCACCCGUGUUUACAUCCCAUCGUAAUCCCACCUGGACUACAGACGUUUAAAGAACAUACUGCCCUGAUGUGGGGUAAUGCCCAAGGAUUCCAUCAUUUUGUAAAAUGAGAUUUGAUACCCCAACCCGCUCCGAUUUUACCUCCCCACUACACCCCAGUGCCAUUUGUCGCCUUUUGCACUUUGGAUUCCCCACAGACUCCCACUUCCGAUUGUCACCCCUUGCAGAUAUCUGCAACGGGAAAGAGAUUGAUCCAUUGGGAAUGUGUACAAUGGGAAUGAACAGGAAGGGGUUUGGAUCCAUUAGAAUUGUGUACAAUGGGAAUGAAUGGGAAAGGGUAUAGAUCCAUUGGGAAUGUGAACAAUGGGGUGAAUGGGAAAGGGUUUGGAUCCAUUGGGAUUGUGUACAAUGGGGUGAAUGGGAAGGGGUUUGAUCCAUUGGGAUUAUGUACAAUGGGAGUGAAUG